AUGGGUACAUAUAAUGAAAAGUCAAGUUCACCAGAGGUAAAGCCAAAUGAUUUUGUUAGUUUUGAAUCGGAGUCUCCAUAUACGUCGACCCAUUCCUUAAACGAAGAAAAAUCAAAAGUCAAUAGGUUUAUCGACACGUUUAGGCGAAAACAGGUUGAUGAAACUGAUAAGGAUGCAAUAGGUAAACAAUUGGCAAAAGGCAUAAGUUUGCGCCAUUUGAUUUUAAUGUCCCUUGUUACAGGUAUUGGUACUGGUCUUUUAGUUGGUACAGGGUCUGUUUUGCACAAAUCGGGACCUUUGUUUCUCAUUAUUGGUUUCGCGAUAGUUGGAUCAUUUGUAUACCCAACAUUACAAGCUGCUGGAGAAAUGGCUGUUAAUUAUUCUGAAUUAUCAGGAGGGUACAACAAUUACCCAAGAAGAUUUGUAGAUGAGUCAUUAGCAUUUGCAAUUACUUGGAACUAUUGUAUACAAUGGUUAUCGGUGAUAUCUAUUGAAUUAGUCACCGCCGCCAUGACAAUUAGUUAUUGGAAUACAUCCAUUAAUGCAGAUGUGUGGGUCACGAUAUUUUAUGUGUUUAUUCUAGUUGUCAACUUUAUUGGUUCAUCCGGGUAUGGUGAGCUUGAGUUUUUCAUUGGAAGUUGCAAAGUUAUGAUGCUUGUGGGAUUUAUCAUUAUGGGUAUCGUUGUGAAUGUUGGAGGCGGGCCCAAACAUGAAUUUAUUGGUGGUAAAUAUUGGAAAGAUCCUGGCUAUUACACGAAUUUCAAGGGAUUGUGUACCGUUUUUGUAACAGGAAGUUUUGCCUUGGGUCAGUCGGAGUUUAUUGCAUUGAGUGCCAGUGAACAAUCCAAUCCUGGAAAGGCUAUUCCCAUUGCCACAAAAUUGGUUGCGUAUCGUAUUGUUGUGCUUAUGCUUGGAAGUUUGACUUUAGUUGGUUUACUAGUGCCCUAUAACUCUGAUAGGUUAAUGGGUGCAUCGGGUUCUAGUAGUACUCAAGCAAGUCCUUAUGUUUUGGCUGCAGCCUUACACGGCGUACGAGCAGUUCCUUCAAUUAUCAAUGCAGUUAUUCUUAUGUCAGUUACGUCGGUUGCAUCUUCGGCUUUAUACUCAUCAUCAAGAACAUUACAGUCAUUAUCGGAACAAGGGUUUGCACCAUCAUGGUUCAAUUACAUUGACAGAAGCGGAAGACCGUUCCGCUCAUUGGUUGCGUGUUCAAUCGUUGGGUUAUUCUCAUACAUUGCUGCCUUUAAAGACCAAAAGGCAGUUUUCAAUUGGCUCUUGGCGAUUUCAGGUUUAUCACAGAUAUUCACUUGGGCCGGUAUUUGUAUUUCACAUGUGAGAUUCCGUGCAGCUUUGAAGUACAAUAAUAUUUCUACCGAUUGUUUGGGUUACAAGGCUUCAACUGGGGUCAUUGGUUCUUAUUAUGCGAUUAUUUGGUAUGUGCUUGUAUUGAUUGCUCAGUUUUAUAUUGGGUUAUAUCCAAAAGGAGAGGGGAAACCCAAUGCAGAGAAUUUUUUCCAAUCUUAUUUGGGAGCAAUUGUGUUGCUCGCUUUCUACUUUGCUCAUAAGAUAUGGACACGCAACUGGAAAUUGUAUAUUCCUUUAAAGGACAUUGAUAUUAAUUCGGAUAGGACAAUCUUUGAUUCAGAGGUGUUGAAUCUUGAAAGAGAAGAAGAGAAGGAGCAAUUCAAAAAGGCGCCCUUUUAUAAGAAGGUGGCUAAGAUAAUGUUUUUGUAG